GUGAGCCCUAGCGCGGGAGCAAUGGCGGGGCUAGUGGCGGCGGGAGCGGCAGCGGCAGCGUCGGUGGCGUUUGCACUUCUUACAUUUGGCAGGAGGAAGAAACUGGCUAUCCCAUCGCUGGCGGGUAAGCACGUCUUUAUCACAGGAGCUUCCAGCGGCAUUGGGCUCGCCAUUGCCAAGCAGGCCCUCCUCCAAGGGGCAUUUGUUGCCAUCUCGGCCAGAAACCAGCUCAAGCUCGACAAGGCGGCUCAAUCUCUUGUGAGUGAAGCGCACUGCGACAGCCAUAGCAUCAAAGUUUUGGUGGCCGACGUUGGCGAUUUUAAUGCGAUAUCCUCCGCCGUGAGCGAGGCUCACUCGUGGAAACCAAUCGACGUCCUGGUUUGCAACGCGGGGUACACUUAAGGCUGGAUACUUUGACGAAGUCCCGGUAGAAGUCAUGCGGGUCAAGUCCAGACGAACUUGAUGGGAGUGAUUCAUACAGUCCACACCGCGCUUCCACUCAUGAAGCCGCUCGCAAGCGAAAAGAAGCACUCGAUUGUGAUCGUCAGCUCCGGAGCAGGACUGGUAUACUUCACUCCUUUAUAGGAAUCUUUUUGUAUAUCUUGUGUUCAUCUUUUCUCCAGUUCCUUUUGUACGGGAGCUCAGCGUACAGUGCAACCAAGCAUGCUCUACGAGGAUUAGCAGAGUGUCUCCAUCUCGACCAGUUCUGGCCGAGAGUAUUGUAAAUCUCUACGAGGGACCAGCAUCUAUACCAGUGAGUGCCGAAAAAUUCUACUGCUUGUAAAGAAGAAAACUUUGAGCAAUUGUUCUUUAGGCCCAUACUUGGGCAGUACUGCAAGAACACUGUGGUUGGCAUCCUGCAAGCAGGCACAACAUUGGACCUUUAUUCCGUAAACUAGCUCUUUUCAUGCAA